AUGCAAUAUCUGGAGUACGGCAUACUAACUGCUGGCGUACAGACGAUUGUGCCGUAUCAGACUGCGGCGACGAUGCCGUCAUGGCCAGUGCGGAAUGAGUUCACCAAGUGCGCUAACUCGUCGCUUACCGCGCGCGCUUACGGGUGCCUUUACGGGUGGCUUCGCUUCAGACAUUCGUUUCUGUGUCGCCCUCAGCGUCGCGUCCGCGUCCUUGUGCACGUUUCUGAGUCCGGUCCUAGUUCGGAGCCUUAUAUUGCGUUUUGGUCUUAUUUCGUGUUCCAAAUUUCUGAUGUUUCUGAUUGCCCAUGUAACUUCGUCCCAGGUGAGUUCGGGAACGGAUUCUGGGGCAACACGUGGCAAUCUACGAUUCACGCCUAUUUGGAAAGAGUGCAGGUUAUUGUAGAAGUUAUUGUAGAACUUUGUGCCAAUCGCGCUCGUCUGAUUACGAUUAUUCUGCUUGGUCAUGCUGACUUAGUGGAAGAGAUAGAUCGGCUAAUUGGAAGCGCCAGCGGCAUGCCGGAUGAACCAGUUCGAGCCAUUGUGACUAAAGAUGAGGUGGGCCUGAAGAUUAAGCUCUCGCUGUUCAAGUCGAUCUUCAUCCGUAUGCUCAUCUACGGCCAGGAGUCGGGGCCCUGGCUGUAA